AUGGCUACUACGAGAGCUGAGGCUGGUAUACCCAUUCACAGCUGGGUCGACUGGUGGGGUGCCCAGCAAUCGGAGCAGAGAGCCAGAGACCCAGAGAGCCAGAGACCCAGAGACCCAGAGACCCAGAGACCCAGAGAGCCAGAGACCCAGAGACCCAGAGACCCAGAGAGCCAGAGAGCCAGAGACCCAGAGACCCAGAGAGCCAAAGAGCCAGAGACCCAGAGACCCAGAGACCCGGAGACCCAUAGAGCCAAAGAGCCAGAGACCCAGAGAGCCAGAGACCCGGAAACCCCAAAGAGCCAAAGAGCCAGAGACCCGGAGACCCCAAAGAGCCAAAGAGCCAGAGACCCGGAGACCCAGAGAGCCAAAGAGCCAGAGACCCGAGACCCGAGACCCAGAGAGCCAAAGACCCAGAGACCUAGAGACCCAAGAGACCCAGAGACCCAGAGAGCCAGAGACCCAAAGACCCAGAGACCCAGAGAGCCAGAGACCCAGAGACCCAGAGACCCAGAGACCCGGAGACCCAGAGACCCAGAGACCCAGAGAGCCAGAGACCCGGAGACCCAGAGACCCAGAGACCCAGAGACCCAGAGAGCCAUAGAGCCAGAGACGCCGUCAUUCCUUAUGUAA